GCCGUCGAACGCAUUUAGCAAUAUAACUCGUUUUUUUUCACUAUUUCUUUACAUGCAAAAAAUACUAGUGGCUUAUAACUUACCUUGCAAUCUUUUUUUUCUCGCAUUUUGCGAGUGUGCGAGUGUUAAUUUCGAGCCCUGUGUAUAUGCGUGGAUUACGCUGGAUUUAAAUGCCUCAUGCCUACGGUCCAACCCGAUGGGGCGACAACGAAGACUGGACGAUUUGCAAGUCAGGGAAACACCAAUCGCCAAUUAACAUAGAACCUCACAAAAUACUGUUUGACCCUCAUUUGCAACCGCUUCAACUAGAGGCCACGGCGAUAAGUGGGCUAUUCAGAAAUAAUAAGAAAGACCUAACGUUCCUGGUAAACGGACAAGGCGUAGGCGUGAACAUUACUUCCGGUCCACUUUCUUACCGGUAUCGCCUUUACCAGAUUAAGCUCCACUUUGGGAGGGAAAACCAAUCCGGCUCCGAACAUACAGUUGACGGGCGCGGAUAUGAUGGAGAGCUUCACUUCAUGGCGUACAAUACCGAAUUAUAUGCAAAUUACACUGAGGCCCAAACGAGCCCUAGAGGAAUAGCAAUAGUGGCGGUAUUCUUAACGAUAGGAAAGUUCGACCAUUCCGCAUUUAAGAUCUUACAGGAAAGGUUUUUCGUAAUUGACAAACAAGACACGUGUACGGAUAUACAAAACUUCCCAUUGGCUGAUUUGCUACCCAAAUCCAUCGAACAUUUCAUAACGUACAGUGGAUCACUUACCCAGCCAGGUUGCAGAGAAUCGGUGACAUGGGUCAUACUUAAUAAACCAAUUCACAUCUCGCAACAGCAGUUAGAUGACUUGCGCACGGUUCCUUAUCAAGAAUGGAGGGACUCUAACGCAAGACCUAUUAUGCCUUUAAAUAAUAGAACUAUACGAACUAAUAUCAACUUUAGAAAACGGAGUAGACUGUGUUCUAUGGAUGUCUCCAAAAAGUAUCAAGCAAACGAAGAUUUGUUGCGGAGAUAGGAUGAAAGUAAGGACUUCUGGAUGGCAGUAAAUAUACAUCGAGUGCGUGCUCUGUGUUACAUCUGAUGAAGACAAUCAAUCAUUUUCACAAGCUCUCUAUUUAGAAUGUUUAUACUAUUCAUGUGUAUACCGCGUAGCUAUGAAUUGAAUUUAUUAUAUUGAAUAAUUAGUUUGGUCGUUUAUAAUUAGCAAGUACUUUUAUUAAACUUAAUGAGAAAGACUAUCAAUGACAACGUGGUGCUCUCGUUCUUUAGUCUAGUAUCAAUAUGUACAGUGUUCGUAAUGAUUUCAUGCUAGUUUCGCUUACAUAGUUAACUUGCCUGGUUUGUUGGUUUGAACAUCUUGCAUAAAUACGAUGCUUUAUAUAUUAAUAGUGGAUGUUAUAUUCAGUUGUAUUUUGUCUAUGUGUUUAUCUAUUAUUAAGGAGUCCCGUAUCGUUGUUUUGAUAGUUAA